UCUCUCCGGGAGAUCGGGUUCGGUUUGCCCUGCUGCCUGCGUCGGCGCUCGCCUCCGGGACACAAGUUUCCCUCCAACCCUCCAGUCCUGUCAUGAGGCGGCAUCAGCGGAGACUCUGAAACAGCAGCGCUCACACGGAAUACGAGACCCUGCCAAGACAAGACGACGUCCCAGCUGAAUCUGAUGACUCUGCCGCACAGCCCGAUGUCCAGCGAGGAUGAGAUGGCCCAGAGCUUCUCCGACUACUCUGAAGAUGGUGCCUCCGACACGUCUCGGGAGGAAACCAUCUACGAGACGAUAAAGGCCACUGCCGAGCCUCUGCAGAGCCGCAUGGACGACAUCCAGCACAACUCACUGGUGAUCCGCAUCGCCAUCCCGGACCUGCAGCAGACGAAAUGUAUGCGCUUGAACCCCGACGCCACGGUUUGGGUGGCCAAGCAGCGUGUCCUCUGCACACUCACCCAGACUCUGAAGGACGUCCUCAACUACGGGCUGUUCCAGCCGGCCAGCAGCGGCAGAGAUGGGAAGUUCCUGGACGAAGAGCGGCUCCUCAAAGAGUAUCCUCAACCCAUCAGCAAAGGGGUCCCCUGUCUGGAGUUCCGAUACAAAAGCCGCGUGUACCGACAGCCCAACGUGGAUGAGAAGCAGAUCGCGAAGCUUCACACUAAGGCCAAUCUGAGGAAAUUCAUGGAGCUGGUCCAGAACAACCAGGUGGACAAAGUGGCCAAGCUGCUGGACAGGGGCUUUGAUCCCAACUACCAUGAUGGCGACACAGGCGAAAGUCCUCUCACGUUUGCUGCGCACCUGGACAACACGGCGGAUCUGAUCAAAGUGCUUAAAAACGGAGGAGCUCACCUGGACUUCAGGGCCAAAGAUGGCCUGACUGCGCUCCACAAAGCGGCUCGCUCCAAGAACCAGCUUGCUCUCAUGACGCUGCUGGACCUGGGAGGCUCUCCAGACUACAAGGACAGUCGAGGACUGACCCCUCUGUACCACAGUGUGGUGGUUGGCGGAGACCCCGGCUGCUGCGAGCUUCUCCUCAACCACCACGCCGCCGUCUGUUGCCAGGACGAGAACGGCUGGCACGAGGUUCACCAGGCUUGUCGCCAUGGAAACGUUCAACAUCUGGAGCAUCUGCUGUUCUACGGCUCUGACAUGAGUGCACAAAACGCCUCAGGGAACACAGCGCUUCACAUCUGCGCCCUGUACAACCAGGACAACUGUGCUCGAGUGCUGCUGGUACGAGGAGCUGACAAAGAAGUGAAGAACUACAACAGCCAAACUCCCUUUCAGGUGGCCAUUAUUGCUGGGAACUUUGAACUUGCUGAACUCAUCAAGAACCACAAACAGACCGAUAUUGUGCCUUUCCGGGAGACUCCUGCGUACUCCAAAAGGCGCCGGGGUCCCUCCUCAGGCAGUGGAAACGCACAGUCCCCGUCCUCUCUCUCGGCCCCUCGAGUCCUGUUGCGCUCCAACAGCGACAACAACCUCACGGUCGCUCAGUACCAGCAGCACAGCUCACCUGGACACUGGGCCCCCCAGCAACAGGCUAAGCAGCACCCGCAGCGGGCACCCCAGCAGGGUCAUCCCCAGUCUGGCUCAUCAGCAUUGCACCGCAGCCUGUCACCCCAGCUGCUCCAGCAGAUGCCAAGCGGCAGUCCCAAUGGCAAUGUGGUGGUCCGGACCAUGGGGAGGGGGGCACGCAGCCGGUCGCCAUCCCUCAGUCGGCUGGGGGACGAAGCCCGACGAGCCCAGCGACAACCCAGUAUAGAAGAGUCCAUCAGAGGCACUACAGAAGCUAGAGUAACCGUUGCCAUGGAAACUCGCAGUCAAACUACUAUAGCACCUUAUUCAACUCCUGUCAGCCGCGGUGAAGUGGGCGGUCCCAGGAGGAAACUUUACAGCGCUGUCCCGGGCAGGCACUUUGUGGUGGUGCGCUCUUACACCGCCCAAGCUGAGGGGGAGCUCAACCUCUACAAGAAUGACCGAGUCAAAGUUCUGAGUGUGGGUGAAGGAGGCUUCUGGGAGGGCAGCGCCCGCGGUCAGGUGGGCUGGUUCCCGGCAGACUGCGUGGAGGAAGUCCCAGCCAAGACCAACGAGGAGAGGAGCUAUUCACGCGCCGAUCGAGCAGACAGACGGAAGCUGUUUCGACACUACACUGUUGGCUCGUACGACAGCUUUGACGCCUCCAGUGACUGCGUGGUGGACGAGAAGACGGUGGUGCUGCAGAAGAAGGAGAAUGAAGGCUUCGGUUUCGUGCUGCGGGGAGCCAAAGCCGACACGCCCAUCGAGGAGUUCACUCCCACGCCGGCGUUUCCUGCUCUACAAUACCUGGAGUCAGUGGAUGAGGGGGGCGUGGCCUGGCAGGCGGGUCUCCGGACGGGGGAUUUCCUCAUUGAGGUGAACCAGGAGAACGUGGUGAAGGUGGGUCACAGGCAGGUGGUCAACAUGAUUCGUCAGGGGGGGAACAGGCUGCUCAUCAAGGUGGUGACAGUGAGUCGGAACCUGGACCCGGACGACACCGCACGCAAAAAAGCCCCUCCCCCACCAAAGCGAGCCCCCACCACAGCCCUGUCCAUGCGGUCCAAGUCGAUGACAUCAGAAUUGGAGGAACUAGCUACGAUGAGGAAAAAGAGAGGUGAUGCGCAGAAGAAGAGGAUUGUUUUCCAAGUCACUCUAAACAAGGUUGAAGAAAUGACCCACGCCCAGAAGGCAUCACCAGUUGACAUGAAGAUUGCAACAAUCAAGCCCCGGCCGUCCAGUCGCUGCCUGGUCACGGCCAGUGACAUGAACUCAAUGUUUCAUGACCGACAAGGGGUCCCCGUGGUACCACCCACUGUGCCUGGAGGCUUCCUGGGAUUACCCGAGAAAGGCACCAUUAAGAAGCAGAAGUCAAUUGGUACAGAAGAUGAUAAGCAUGGAUUCCUCACACCACCCUUAUUCAAGUUCUCCCGCAGUCUCUCUAUGCCCGACACCUCAGAAGACAUCCCUCCGCCACCUGCCAUCUCGCCUCCUUCACCGCCGGGCUACAACUCAGCAGCCGGCACGAAAGGCUACGGUACUACACGGCCCAGUUUCACCCAAAACUCAUCCAAUGCGGUGACAACGAUUGGCAGGGCUGAUGCCGGAACUUUGAGGCGAGGAUACUUUCGUCAGAGUUCCGAGCAGUUUGAGAGCACACGCACACGUGGCCGUGCGCCGGUGCCAGAAAACCCGUACUCUGAGGUGGGCAAUAAGACUUUGUAUAUUCCAGCUAAACCAGCCCGCAGGAAGGGAAUGCUUGUAAAGCAGUCAAAUGUCGAGGACAGUCCGGAGAAAACAUGUCACAUGCCAACCAGCCCUUCGGGUCCAGUUUCAAUGCCCACCACACCAGUGGAGCGGACAUGCUCUUCCAUCCCCAUCCCUACUAUAAUUGUCAAGGAGCCCUCCACCAGCAGCAGUGGCAAAAGCAGUCAGGGUAGCAGUAUGGAAAUUGAGCCCACCACACCAGAACACCCACCUCUUACACCUACAGUGGGUGGGAUAGGAGGUCUGCGUCCUGAGGACCCCAUGUCUUUAAGCAAUCCAUUUGCUGCUGCAAUUGCAGGAGCAGUGCGAGACAGGGAGAAGAGGCUGGAAGCCAAAAAGAACUCUAUUGCAUUCCAGUCAAUAGACAUUGGAGAUGAUGACUUAAGUGGUCCUACGCCAACCCCUCGCCUUCGCCAGUCAAAGUCUAUAGACGAAGGGAUGUUCAGUAGUGAUGAGAGACUUCGGAGGAUAAUGGCGCCCCCUCUGCAGCUUGGGCGUCCAGUUGGUGGAGGCAGCGGAAAUAUGACAGACUUCAACACCCCAGAGCCGACAGUUGUCCGAGAGCCUCUGAACACAAGAACAGGCCAAUGUCCCAACUUGGAUAGUCCGGUUAGUUUACCAGCCACCCCUCCCAAAAGCCACUACAGGGCGAACGGGACCUACCUCCAUCCUGUAACCGGUAAGCCCUUGGAUCCUAACUCUCCACUUGCUCUUGCCCUGGCCGCACGCGACAGGGCCAUGAAAGAGCAGCAAAACCAUCCCCAAAAUCAACAACAAAAUCCUCCUCAGGUUCAACAGACUCCCAAGCAUGACGCCCAGUCUCUACCCAUUCAGCCAAACCACAAACCAGACCUUAACCAGCCAUUAUUUAUUGACACAAAACUACGCUCUGGGAUUGAAACAAGUUUUGCUGCCAUCUCGUCAGCAACCAUGGGGCGACCCAGUCGAGGUGGCCUGCGGAGGCAGAUGACUGAACAGAAAUACGAGUCCGAUGGAGCGCGGGACGAGAGACAGCAUCAAGCUGUAGAGGAAAGAAAAAGUGCUCCGGCAGAUGUUGCGGACACUCCUAAAUCGGCUGGACUGUUGAUGGUCCACACCAGCACGGAAGCAACAAACAAGCAUAAUAACCCAGAGUUGGAGGGGCAGGACAGCAACAGGCCAUCUGAGUUGAAAGACCCCAACCAACCGAAUCCUUUGUCCACUAACCCACCUCCCUCACGACGACGUAGCAUUCCAUUAGGUGAGUCCAUAGAUGAACCAGUGAAGCUGCCUUUUCGCAUUCCCCCUCCCCCACUGGCAUCAGUCGACAUCGAUGAAGACUUUGACUAUGUAGAGCCUCUUCCACCACCUCUAGAAUUUGCCAAUAGCAUAGACAUACCAGAUGAUCAGGCUAGUGCCAUUGCAGAAAUGAUCCAGCAACAGAGAAGAAACGGAGGGCACCUACCCCCUUAUCAUCCUCAUGCACCUCCACCCGUCUCUGAACACCAUAAACGAGUGUCGAACAGCAUACCCCCAUCGUAUCCUCCUCCUCCCCCGGACCCAGAGUCUGGAGUUGGUGAUUCUGGCAUUGAAGAGGUGGAUAGUCGUAGUAGUGGUGACCCACAGCAUAUGGAGACCACCAGCACAGUGUCUAGCAUUUCCACCCUGUCAUCUGAAGGGGGCUUCUGUGACAGUGCUUUGGAGAGUCUUUACGCGACUGCUGAUGGGCAUGCCUUCUUAGUGGAUCGACCACCCGUACCACCAAAACCAAAAGGCAAAUCUGUCAUCAAUAGGACAUCUUUAUAUCAUGACGCGCUAAUAGAGGAACCUCCAGAGUCGUAUGGGACACCGCCUCAGGUUCCUCCUGCUCCUCCAUCAUCCUCUGAGCCCCCUAGGACUCCUACUCAAAGAUCAUCAAAGCUGUGGGGGGAUCAGCCCCCGGAGUUGCGCAGCCCACCAUCCACACCUGACAGCAAGAACACUGUUAUCACUGAGCUCAGCUCCAUUUUCCAGCAAAUGAAUCGCGAUAGACCGGCAAAGUCAGGAGACAGCCUGGACUCCCCCACAGGAGGCAGGGGGGCCUUCGGAACAAGGUCUCCUGCAGACGACUCAGGAACGCGUAGCAACGCUGCAUCCACGCCUCCCACCAGCCUGCCCUCCCAGACUCACCCAUGCAGCCCUCCAGACUCCGCCUCCUCCCUCACCCCCUGCUCCUCGCUACCGCCCUCGGUGUCGCCCACUCUCACCGAUGUGUUCGGCCUGCCCACCCCGCCCAUGGGCAGCGGCGGCGGCUACAGCCUGAGCUCCUCGUGCGGAGGCAGCGGCAGCUCGCGCUCGCCAUCGCCGCUCACGCUCAUGCAGGCGGUGGCGGCGUCGGGGAAGCCGUUCGCCUCCAAACCCAUGGAGCUGUGGAGCAAACACGACGUGGCCGACUGGCUGGAAAGUCUGAACCUGGGCGAGCACCGGGACGCUUUCCUGGACAACGAGAUCGAGGGGGCCCACCUGCCGUCCCUGCAGAAGGAGGACCUGAUUGACCUCGGGGUCACCAGGGUGGGUCACCGCAUGAACAUCGAGAGGGCCCUCAAGCUGCUCCAGGACAGAUAAGUCAAGAGGAGGCGGAGCUGCAGGGAGAGGAGGUGUGGCCGACCUCUUUGACCUUUUUCAUCCAUGGAGUUUGUCCAAACUGAUGCCACCUCUGGAAGCCGGCGUCUCCUGUCACUACCCCAGUGACCCCACUCACACCACUGGUUUGCCCCUCCCCCCGCCCUCCUCUCCAUCACCCAAGCGUCAGGGGAGCUGCAGGGGACGAGGACGUGCAUGAGACAGAGAACUCUGGGACUCUGGAGACUGGUCCGUCCAUGCGGGCGAUGAAACCAGCUGAGCUGGUCUUUUUCUAUCUUUGCUAACGUUUCUCCACACAAAUAUUUGCAGGUUUUUUUGUUUGUGGUGACGGAGGGAAGACACGGAGCGGCUCACUUUGCUUUGACUUUCACCUGUUUGUGUCCUCACAAGGACGUGAUCUGUCAUCGACGCACACACAGAGCACGGCGGCGCACAACGUGUAUCACACACACACCGUCUCACACACACUGCCAGCAUGUGUUCAUGUGCGUUUUUUACAGAUAGUGUUUCCAUGGCGACAGACCAAGCCCCUCCUCACACUUUCCCCUGUCAAAUCUACUUCCUCAUCAUCGUCCACACACGACUCGCCAAAGAGAUUCAGACCGUUGUUUGACAUUUUGGAAUCAAGACUUCAGUUAUUGAAAUUUCGUCUUAGCAACAAUGACCACGACGUGUUCCUCUUUUCUGAUCCCCGUUACAAGUAGCUGUUUGCCCUGUGGCUGCCAGAGUGAGGCUGCAGUUUGUGUUGGGACCUCCUUUGUUUUCCAAAAUGUCAAACCGUCUCCUUGAAGUAUGACCCUGAAACACUGAGAGCUAAGAGAAAAUACCAUUUAUUUGACUUCAUAUCAUUAUUUAUUAGAAAGUCUCGAGCUCACUAGAGUGUAAAUGGAAGCGUGUCUCAGUUUAGCAGUGGAGACCAGAAGUGUGAAGGAGCUGCCGGAUGUUUGUGUUGCUGCUGUGAAAUAGUGCUGACACUGUUUACCUGUCAGGCACAGAGAGGAGAUGCAUGGCAUGGUGAAGAAGGUAUGAGGUGGAUUUCUGUCACGACGGGUUCAUGAUGUGGAGGUUUGCAGAAGAAGAACGGGCACGGAUGCAAUGAUUUAGUUCGCUCACUCUUCGAUUGAGACCUAAGGGUUCAAAGGUCAGGGGUCAGCUCAGUGCAAAAGCUUGAGUUCUGUAUUGACUUUUUCUGUUGACCAAUUUUGCCUCAAUGUUCCGGUGGAUAGUCAGGCAACACUUAUAUAUACAGUCUGAAUUAGCCUGACACUAUUGAUGUAGAGCGACGUCUCAAACUAGCUGGAGUUGCUUUUCAAGUCCAAGUUUCAUCAUGAAAACUUUAUUCCGUUUUCAAUCAAAAGCCUCUGGAAACCAGCAACCAGUGUUAAUAACAUGAAACAGUAGUGAUGGGUAAAUGAGGCAUCAUGAAACUGUAUUACAGGGUGGAUGAAACAGUGACCUCAUUUUCAGGGGCCACUCGAUGGCACUGUUGGUUUAGAAAUAAUGUGAGGUUUCAUUGAAUGAGUUGUUGAAGUCCAAACAUUUUACAGCAGACAGUGCCACCUGGUGGCCUCUGAAAAUCAGGGCACUGUUUCAUGAGACCUCAUCAACUCUUCAAUACUGUGUCAUGAAACAUUGACUGGAUUUCAUGGAACAGUGCACUCAUUUUCUGUGGCCACUUGUUGGCGCCCUCGGCUCUAUAUUUGGCUUCGAUCAAGUAGUUCAUUGUUUUUAAACUGAGAGCGCCACCUAGCAUCUCUGAAAGAGGACACUGAUUCAUGAAGCCUUAUCGGUGUGUCAUUGCUAUUUGAAAGCAUCGUCUUGUGAUGCCGUCUCAUGAAGGCCUGCAACAAGAGAAACCGCCCUCCCAUCACUCGUCUUACAAGGUCCAUACUGCACUGCAACAGCUCUGUCUUUCAACGGUUCAUAUUGAACAAGCCACUGGUUUAAAUCAAAUGUAAAUUCCUGAUCAAACAUAGUCCCAUCUCAAAGAGUCCAGAAGUGUGAAUACUGUUUGGGUCUUCAGUUUGCAUUUACCAAUGAAGGGUCGAUGAGGUUUCAUGACACAGCAUCCUGGUUUUCCACCAGGUGGCACUGUCUGCUGUAAAAUGUUUGGACUUGAACAACUAAUCCAAUGACACCUCACAGCAGUUCAAAACCCAUGAGCGCCACAGUUUCACUGUUUCAUCAACCCUGCAGUACUGUUUCAUGAUGCCUCAUCUACCCAUCACUAGUAUUUGCACUUCACACUUGUCUGUACACGAGGAACCAGGAAGUGGAGCUGUACGGUCUUUGUGUCAGGUGUGAAGGGUUGGUCCAAUUUGGUCUCAAGUGCAUUAAUUCGAGUUCUAUACGCGACCAGAUGUCACACCGACAUGAUGCUGUCGAGGUUUGGGGUUCAGAAACUCGCCUGGGCUCCUCGGCUGCCUGUUGUCAAUGAGCUUCGACGUGUACAUAAGAUUGUUUUAUCAGAAAAUAAAAUGUCUAUUUGAGUAUAUAAAUCAAUAUUUAGUCGUAGGAGAAGUCGGGUGAAGCUAGUGGAGCGUCAAGGCUGGGCCCUCCUUCAUACGGCGUCCCCCUCUCCCAUCCCCCUCCCCCGACAUCGCGUCAUCGCUUCAUGUUGGCUCGUCCCGUGCGGACGCCGAUCAGACGUUCUGGCUCUGUGUUCUGUGAACAUUCGCAGACGAUGCUGCUAUCAACCUGUUUUACAACAAACAGUGUCGGAGGGUAGAAAAGCACAGUAUUUUUAAAGAUUUGUAUAGAAAUUUUAUAGAGAUUCUCUUCACAGAAGAUGUAUUGCCAAAAACAGAAAUAUUCUAUAGCUAACGCGGUGUUAUGGUUAGACUUCUGAGUUCUUAAGAAGCAAUAUUUAUUCUGGUUGAAUCUCCUUUGCUUGUGUUCUUUUCCCAUUUUAAAAGUGACAUAUCAUGUUAUGACCACUAGUCGGUGUUUAAUGACGUGUUGCCUAGUAACGACUAGAUCAGUUUAUAAGAUAUUUUGGCCGUUCAGGAAUCUUCACCCGCCUGACUAAAAGCCCCCCCCCUCCCCCUUUUAUGUGGAAAAAAAAUGCAAAAAAUCUGUACAUUAUAGAAACAUAUAUAUAUAUAUAUAUAUAUAUAUAUAUAUAUAUAUAUAUAUAUAUAUAUCAAACAUCUUAGGAAGCGACGAGACAUUUAUAUAUAUAUAUUUGUAUAAAUCCACCUGCUGGUCGUCACUGAGCAGUUUUCUGUGGAAUCGUAGAUGUUGUAGGGAAUAUUUCCAAGUGUCGCCAUGGCGACGGCUCACCAGGCUCUCACGGAUCCACCUUUUAAAGAAAAAAAAAAGAGAACACAUCGCCGCCCUUUUGGCUUGAUUAUUAUUUAUUUUCUUUAUUGUCUUUAUUUAUUUGAUUUUUCACGACUAGAUUGAAUUCUUUUCAUAGACUAAGAUGUUUUCAGUAAUUUGUGCAAGACUUGUGUUUUCUAUGUUGCUGUAAUUUUGUGCUACUAAAUUCAUCAUAGAGUCGAUAAACUACUGAGACGAGAGAUUUCCCCUGUAACUGCACUUCCUCCAUUCAAUCCUCCAGAAUUCCUGUAUGGCAACCAAAACUCACUGUAAGAAAUAAAUAUGAUAUUGCACUAAAGUCUGUGUCUCCUCUUCGCAAGGUGUUUUUUCUUUUUUUUCUCGAUUGCUCCUGUAAACGGCCGCCAUCUUGGGACACCGACACUGGACUGGGACAUUGGUUUUGCUGACAAUGGUGUUGUCACAUGAUUCAUUAGGUUAUGACUUUAACCGUUUCCAGCCAAGGUUGCGAAUCGUGUUGGGUCAAUGAGGUUUCAUGACACAGUGUCCUGGUUUUCAGAGGCCACCAGAUGGCACUGUCUGCUGUAAGAUGUUUGGACUUGACCAACUGAUUCAAUGAAACCUCACAUCACUUGUAAACCAAGAGCACCACCUAGUGGCCUCUGGAAAAGAGGACAAUACUACAAUACUUCAGGUACCCAUUGCUACUUAACGCCAUUCUUGGUGUGGAAAUGUUGUUUUCAAAGUCUGAAUAUUUAGUAGUUUUAAUUCCGUAAACCAAAUUUCUCAACUUCCUGAUGGCACAAAUGUACUAGAAUCCAGAUCAGUCCACUAAGUGUGUUUGAGAGCUUUCUUUCUCAGUUGUGUGAGAAACUGACCUUGUCUGAAUUUGUCGAACAAUAAUAUAGAUUGAUUUCUUUCAUCCAGAGAUAUUUUGUAUGUCACAAAAAACGCCUAAUUAUGGACCUAAAAUACACGUACUGUCAUAAUAUAGAAAAAUGUGAGAGUCUGCUCUCU